UACAUUGUCGACGUCUAUGUGCCGUCGCAGUCGCUCGCCGCCUUGUCAACAGCACCGACGCCGCGCUCUCGCUCGUCGUUCGGUCGGCCGGCUUUUCUCUCGGCGCCGUCCAUCGCGCUGCGAGACCUGACGCUCAAGGUUCCAGGCUCCGGAUCGAUCCAGUUCAAUGUCCUCGACACCACCGUGGCGUCACGAGCCGAGCUCUCGAUCUCGGGCUCCGGCGACGUUGCGCUGCUUGGGAGCACUCUCCGCAUGGACACCAUCAUGUCGUCCGUAAGCGGUUCGGGCUCGGCGUACGUCGGCGCGUCGUCCAUCGUGAACGCGACGACCGUCUCCACGUCCAUCUCGGGCUCCGGCGCCAUCAACUUUUAUAGAGCUGGAUUCUGCGCCACUCAAGACAUUUCGAUCUCGGGCUCCGGCCAAGUGAACGCCGGGGCGAUGGCGUGCGACGUCAACUCCGUGAGCAUCUCGGGCAGCGGCAAGGUCUACGCGCACGCCCUCAAGUCCUUGAAAGCCUCCACGUCUGGGUCAGGUGACAUUUACGCCGUUGCACCGUUGCCGGCGACGGUCACGGGCUCAAUCUCGACGGUGACGACGCCGCCCGUCUCGACCUUUGAGCUCCAGAGCCUCCCGGCGUACGAGCCGUCGAGUGUUUUCCAAUUUGGUUUGUUCUGGAGCGUCCUCAUCCUGCUUGUGAUCACGGCGCUUGCGACCUUUUGCAUCCGCAAGUGCUGCAAAGCAGGCUGUUGCUGCUGCUGCCGCCGCCGCCCGCCGCCGCCGACGCCAGCCACGAGCAUCCCGAUCGUUGUUGUGGAUGAUCCCGCGAAUGCGCACUACAACGCCGCGAUGACGCCGGUUCAAGCCCACGCAGCCAAGCAAGUGUAG